CCGCAUCAACACUAUCGACCAGCACAGAACAACCCUCAUCGUCGACACCGCACAACCGCCAAGAUGACGAAGGGAACCUCCUCGUUUGGUAAGCGUCACAACAAGACGCACACUCUGUGCCGUCGCUGCGGCCGCCGGUCUCUUCACAUCCAGAAGCACACCUGCUCGUCGUGCGGCUACCCCUCGGCCAAGAUCCGGAAGUUCAACUGGUCCGACAAGGCCAAGCGGAGAAAGACCACCGGCACCGGUCGCAUGCGCAAGCUCGGCGACAUUCCCCGAAAGUUCAGGAACGGCUUCCAGACCGGCGUUCCCAAGGGCACUCGUGCCCCCAUCGCCGCCUAAACUCGCCUUCUCUCAUGUUUGAGAACGAUUACGAUGGAUGAGAAGCAGGAGAACAAAAUCAGGGAAGGCUCCUUGCACAAAUGAGUGAACUCUGCAUUGGGACGGUCCGGUCUUAAAGGGAGUGGUGUUUACAGCAUGAGAUAAAAACAACCGCGCGGCUGCAUUCGAGGUCUGCUCUGGGCUGGAUGGAUACCGAAUAUGGCUUUGCUUUAGGGAUAUGGACUGAGCAAGGUCGCAAAAUCACAAUGACAUUGACACAUACUGAGUGGCCCUCGUGAGAUGACUGGUCUCCGGGGGGGGAACGGGAACAUGGAUUGGCGUGUUUCUGCACGCAGAGUGAACAUGAACGAGCUUGCAUGUCUGAUGUGUAGAGAUAACGAGGAGGGGUUGAUUCAAACAAAUUCCUUGUU